CUGUCACCACCGCCAUCGAAGACUCUUUUCUCUGCCAGUCGCCGUCGUUCGCCUUGAAAACAUGAAAGCCAAGAAAGCAGCAUCAGCAUAGAGGAGAGAAAAGAGUUGCAUCGACAGAAUUUCACCCUAAAUAGUUUCGGUGAUCAGUGCGGAGGACUCGCUGAGGUUUCGACUCCCAUCAGCCAGCGGCGAGGAAUUUGUUCCGGAGGAAAAUCCGUCACGAGUGGAUUGCAAGCUUUUCAGAACUUCGAAAGGACUGUCACAAUCGCUGCCGUAUUGGGAAAAAAACACUGCGAUAAGUAGAAGCCGAAACGAAAAUCGCCCGCUGUUGGCCUGGGAGAUAGUUAAAGGUGGAAAUCGAUAAGACUGACUGAAACCAUAACGUGAACUGAAGCAGCAAAACAAAUCUCUAACUUGCCGCCUGCGAGUGCACGCAAGAACAGCAAACAGUAGCAAACUUCCAACCUCCCGCGCUGCCGUGCUGCAUCACUUUUCGGGGGCCGUUCGGACUCAAAACAGCCUUCAAAAUAGAUAGAUCACAAAUGCCCAGAGGUAAACGUCGGCCUACAGCGGAGAUGGGAUCCAGCGAAGACGACCGGCACUCGUCCAAACGACAGAGGAACGCCUACCAGACCAGUCAAAGUUCUCGGCGGUACAAUAAAGUAGACGAUGCAUUCAGUCAAAAGCGAUGCCUGACCUGGUUCCACGAGUACACAACGCCAGACGAUCCCGAUACGUUAGGUCCGGAUGGUAUGGAGAAAUUCUGCGAGGACAUUGGCGUUGAACCGGAAAAUGUGGCGAUGCUGGUGCUGGCGUACAAAAUGGGCGCCCGGCAGAUGGGCUUCUUCACACAGUGCGAGUGGCUGAAAGGGCUGACAGAUCUUCAGUGCGAUACGGCCGGCAAAGUACAGUGCAAGCUCGACUACCUGCGCAACCUGCUGAACGACCCGAACGCGUUCAAAACCAUCUACAGAUAUGCGUACGACUUCGCUAGGGACAAAGACCAGCGCAGUAUGGACAUCGAGACGGCGAAAGCGAUGCUGCAGUUACUGCUCGGCAAGCACUGGCCCCUCUAUGCACAAUUCGCCCAGUUCCUGGAGCAGUCCAAGUACAAAGUGAUCAACAAGGAUCAGUGGUGUAAUAUCCUCGAGUUUUCCCGUACUAUUUCAAAUGAUCUUACCAACUACGACGUCGAUGGAGCAUGGCCCGUGAUGUUGGACGAAUUUGUCGAGUGGUUAAGACUGCUGCGAUCACAGUCGACGAUUAGCUGAGGAAUGUACUAUUAAUGUGGAAGUCACUGAGAUUCUGGUGGCCAUCCGCAACUCCACACUCACACAUAGCAUAACACAAACAAUCCAACAACAAUGCACAGACAACACAAUAAAUACGGCUUCUUCACCUGCAUUCAGCCGCCAAAUCAACAACAAUGCAACAUGAUUGGAAGCUUCUUUCGAACAAUUCACAGGCCAGUCGCGAUCAUCCUUAACCACAUCCCGUGGAACAGCAGUUCCACUGAGCAUCCAUUCAACCCAACAACACACCUGGUCGCAAAAUGACGAAGAGCUCAAACAUGAGAUGUGACACGACAGCACACGCUAAUUCUCUUAGGUAAAUUUAUAUCUUCAUUUCUUUAUUUCUCAAAGAAAAUACUACUAAUGAAACGUGAAUUGUACGAGUUCAGACCUUUUAAUGUGUUUCCAAUUUUAUUAUUUUAUCGGUCAUCAUGGCUUUCGUUUAUCCCGAUUCUCUUGGGUUUAAACCACUACCUUUUAUUUAAGUAAACCAAAUAAAACACCACGAAAUCAUUACAAAUAAGCAAAAGUGGGGAGGCCAGUCGCAGACAGAGUUAUUUAAACUGAAGCGAGAUUCAAUGAGCAGCUACUGUAGUAGGUUCAACCGGCAAGCAGAUAUAUUCAAAAGAAUACAAUACGUAUUAAAACUACCAAAAUGCUAUACUUUGGAACACAUAACAAAAUUACUUAUCAAAAGUCAUUACAAAAGCAAAAUUAACACGAUAAAUUCAGCAUACAUAAAUAAUAAUCAUCAUUUAGGAUCCUCCCAUUACGGCUAAUACAAAAAAAGGAAUACAUGUUACUCUGGAUAAUAAACUCACAAAAAGAUAGCAACACAAACAAAAUUAGAAAGGUAGAAAGAAGGACAUUAGUGUAGAAUGCAAACACACAAAAAAACAAAACGGGAACCGAAAAAGCCGAUGACGAGAGCGAAAGCUGCAGAAAAAAAAAAACAAGCAAGAUGGCGAUUUUAAGCAUCAGGUAAUAAAUAGCAAGCCACACUGUAUUUUAGAGACAUCAUUCAUGAAAUCGGGCAAGACAGCAAAAGUGAGACGGGAAAACUUCUCUGUAAAGUAAAACAACGGAGAGCAAAAUUUGGUAAAAUAAAGUCGAAUAAACUAUGA